GUGCGAGUCGCGGUCGGAUAUGUUGUGAAUUUUAGUGUUUUUCCAAUUCGAGCAUAUUUAGUCUAAGAUGUCGCGAAUAAUUAUAAAAAAUUUACCGAAUGGGUUCACAGAAGCCAAAUUGCGCGAUCAUUUCAGCCGGUGCGGUAUCGUAACGGAUGUCCAGCUAAAGUACACACCGGAAGGAAAGUUCCGUAACUUCGGCUUCGUCGGGUACGAGUCGGAAGAACAGGCAAAUAAAGCGAUCCAGCAUUUUAACAACACCUUCCUGAGGACGUCGAAAUUGAGUGUGGCGGCUUGUGUAGCACUGGGGGAAGCCAAACAGUUGAAAACCUGGAGCAAAUAUAGUGGAGAAAAAAAGGACCUUUCCGAGGUAAAGCAGAGCGUGGAUACGAAGAAAUCCAAAGAGAAGGUAAAAGUCGAAACGGCAGACGAGAUUCUGAAGAAGCACAAAAACGACCCGUUGUUUAAAGAGUUUGUCGAGGUUCAAAAAAAGGCCGGAUCUGCUGUUUGGAAUAAUCAAAUUCAGCAAGAAUCGAGUGAGGCUGAAUCCGAAAAUGAAGAGGAAGAAGUGCAAGUGAAAUCGCUGCCGCAAGCGGAAGAAAAACAGGCGGAGAAAAAACCGAAAGAAAGGAAGAUAACCAAUUUAUUUGUGGUCAAGAUCCACAACAUUCCAUCGUCGAUAAAGCGGCAAGAUUUGUUUCGAUUUUUCAAACCAGUAAAGCCAUACUCAAUUCGGAUACCGCCCAAGCAAAAGGGAUUUGCCUACGUGGGUUACAAGACGGAAGGGGAACUCAAGAAGGCUCUACUGAAGGAUAAAAGUUUUCUUGGCGGUAAGCAAGUGAAAGUAGUAGAUUUCACGGCGAAGGAUCGUUUUCGGAGUGAGGAUGAAAAGAAAUCGGCGAAGAAAGAGAAUCCCAAAUGGAUCCGACAGAAGGAAUCGGUUUGUAGUGAGAGCAUUGUCGACAGCGGUAAACUAUUUUUCCGAAAUUUGGCCUAUUCGGUCAAAGAGGAAGAUCUGAAGGAGUUGUUCGAAAAAUAUGGUCCUGUAGCGGAGAUCGAUUUACCGAUUGCUGCCAACACGAGAAAACUUAAGGGAUUCGGAACAGUUACCUUUCUUAUGCCUGAGCACGCAGUGCUUGCGUACAAUGAACUGAAUGGUACUUUCUUCCACGGUCGAAUGUUUCAUAUUCUUCCUGGCAAGGUUAAUGAAUCGGAACAAGAGCAAAAGGAGGAGGACGAGUCCGGGCUGAAUUUUAAGCAAAAGAAAGAAAAGCAGCUGAAAAAAUUGGCUCAAUCGUCGCAUAACUGGAAUACUCUGUUUAUGGGAGAAAAUGCUAUCGCUGAGGUCGUCGCGAAAAAGUAUGGAAAAACCAAGGAAGAAGUACUCACUGCUGAGGGUGGAACGACUAGUGCAGCGGUUCGAUUGGCUCUGGGCGAAACCGAAAUAGUGAUGGAAAUGCAACGAUUUUUGGAAGACAAUGAAAUUCAUCUGGAUGCUUUCAACGGUGUCGUCAAGAGCCGAUCCAAUUCGAUUAUUUUAGCGAAAAAUUUACCUGCUGGAACCAAGGUGACUGAGUUGACCGAACGCUUUUCUCCAUUUGGACUGCUGGGUCGUGUUAUUUUACCACCAAGUGGUGUUUCGGCUAUUAUUGAGUUUGAAAACCCAGGCGAAGCCAAGAAAGCAUUUAAGAAACUAGCCUACACUCGCUUCAAGUCAUCACCACUUUAUCUGGAAUGGGCUCCAGCUGAUACUUUCAGAAAAACGAAAGAUGUCACUAAUAUUGAAACCCAAACAAAGGAUAACGAAGAGCAGAAGCAAAUUGUUGACAAGAAAGAAGAAUUAAAAGACAAGGAAGUUUUAUCUGCUAACAAAGAAGUUGUGGAUAAGGCUUCCGAAGUCCCCCCGGAAGAGGGCACCACGCUGUUUAUCAAGAACCUCAGCUUCCAAACCAACGAGGAAACGAUUCGGCAAGCAUUUGCUAGGAUUGGUGAAAUUCAUUCUGUUCAGGUUGUGCGUAAAAAGGUCGGAGAGCGAACCGAGAGUCGUGGCUAUGGUUUUAUACAGUUUCAACUGCGCCGUUCGGCGGAUACGGCAUUGAAGAAUCUGCAAUCUCUGCAGCUGGAUGGUCGUAAGGUGGAAUUAUCGCGCAGCGAUCGAACGUUGAGCGUGGAUAGUGCAUCAGCGGCUGCCGGCAGGAAGGAAACGAAAGUCAAAAAGCAAACCGGUACGAAAAUACUCGUACGAAACGUUGCUUUCCAGGCAAAUGUCAAGGAAAUACGGGAUCUUUUUAGUGUCUUCGGGGAGCUUCGAUCAGUUCGAUUGCCAAAGAAGAUGGUAUCCGGUGCGGAUGAAAGCCAUCGAGGUUUUUGCUUUGUCGAUUUCGUUACGGAAGCCGAUGCCAAGCGGGCCAUGGAAACUUUGUUCAAGAGCACUCACUUGUAUGGGCGGCGCUUGGUGUUGGAGUGGGCCGAAGCGGAAGACGGUGUUGAAGAUUUACGGAAACGUACGGCGGAGCAGUUUACUGGAGACGCAAGGACGGCUGGUUCGAAAAGAAGUCGCAAAGGCGUGUUUGACACGUCAGAGAUUGGAGAUAGCGGGACUGCAGCCGCUGACGGUUUGGAUGCUGACGAUGGAGAUGAUGAUGUUGGAGGGUUUGAUUAAAGAUAAUCUUAAGUUAAA